CUCCGGGCCCUGUACGGGUUCAGCCCUAGAAAUUUCUUUGCUAAUCAGAUCGAGCUGAACUUAUAUGAAAUAAAAUUAAACCAAACAUAAAUAUUUCGGAAUAUGUUCAUGAACUUGCCCAUCUAAUAAGAGAGUAACAAAAAUAAGUUGAAGUGAUAUCAAUUUUGUGUCGUAUUCUAAUCAAGUUUAUUUGAAGUUUACAAUGAAACAUCUAUCACCUCAUCCUGAUUAAUUAAAUUAUAACAAAAUAAGCUUAAUAUUCUUAAAUGGUAAAAUAUUGUGUAUGUGGGUAUCAUGUCGUUGUACUUGGUUGGAUAUCAUAUACUUCGUAUUUGCAGGUUCUUUGAGAUAGCUUGUAUUAUUUGAUCGGACACAUUAAGUUUUCCCUCGACCCAAGAGUCUCCUGAUGUAUUUAUACUACCACUCUUUAAAUAUGAAGUUCAGUUUGUUUAAAUGGGAAGUUACGUCCUUUGUGAAAUUUAUCGGAAAUGGUAUUCCAUCUUGUUAAGAGUUAUAAACCAAUGAUAAUAAGACAAAAGAGUUUGUCUUUAUCUUUCUAGCAGUAGUAUCUAAUAUAGGGGACAAAACCACUUGUGUUUCCCCUUCACCCACAACUAAUGGGAUUGUCCGAUUUGUCCCUGAUUUCUUCUUAAGGGAACAAUUUAGUUUUUGCUCCCUCCCUACCCACACUGUCUCUUCUACAUCUCUCUCUUUUUCUCUCUCACAAUAAUUGCAUUUCUAGCUAUCCUGAUGUCCAUGUCAGAGGAUGAGUGGCUUAGAAACCCCUAAAAUUAGUGUCUUUCUGCUCAAUUCAACAAGUUCAUUGUAGCAUUUUCUAUCUCUACUUUGCUCUUUCUGUUAUUUAUUUCCCAUCUUCAUUUCUUUGGUACUUUGGUUGGUUAUAUAAUCACAUCAUGUGCUCCCCAUGCACUUUCUUGCAACUUCUUUUGCCUACAUGUUAUGUUUUACUUAUGUGCUGAUAACUUCUUCUCAUAUAUUAUCAUGUUCAAGGUAAUUUUUUUUCAUGUAUUGGAGUUUUAGACUGUAUACAUGACAUCGGUUCACAGUAGGGUCAUAAAACUAGCAAGUUGUGUGGAUAAAAGUUUAGUUGAGUGGAUAUCAUUGUAGUUGAUAGUGAGAAGAAGAGCAGAAAAAAUGGAGUGGGAUUCAGAAUCAUGUGGUUGGAAUGGUGUGAGUAAGUUAGAGAUUGAAGACAACAUCAGUUACCAUCAUCAUCUGUCUCCAUUAGCAGCAGGUUCAGUGGAUCUGAAGCUGGGAAGAUUAGGAGAUGUGUCUAUGGAAACCUUAAAGAAUUCAAGUCCUUUAAACAUAGCUUCUUCUUCCUCUUCUCCUUCACCGGUGUUGGCGCUUUCAAAGAGGGGAAGGCCACGCAAUAGUGGAGCGCAAAAUACAGUAUUCUGCUCAGUUGAUGGGUGUGCUUCUGGCCUAACUCAAUGCAGGGAAUACCACCGCCGCCAUAAGGUAUGCGAGAGGCACUAGCUCUAAGACGCCUGUUGUUAUUGUUGCUGGGAAGGAGCAGCGGUUCUGUCAGCAAUGUAGCAGGUUUCAGUCCCUUGAAGAGUUUGACGAGGUUAAGAGAAGCUACAGAAAACGGUUGGAUGGACAUAAUCGACGUAGGAGGAAGAGACAGCCUGAAGCCUUUUACAUGCCUAAUUGUGCUGCUGCCUUUUUGUCAUCUCAUACAGCAGAUGGAAUGGUCCAGUUUUGCUGCCCACAAAGUCAUACUGUAAACUGGCCUACAAUGUCACAGCCUCCUGAUCUGUACUUGAGAAAUAAUCAAGAAACAAUCUAUGAGCCACUUCUGAAUGGGGUUGGUCAAAUCGGAAAUAGGACAGUAAAGGUUUCAGCUGACAACUCGGGAUUUUCUCUCUCUCUUCUGUCAAGGUAUUCGUCAGACAUAUGUGUGGAAUCUGCAAUGCAACCAACAACUAUGAGUUCAUCAACAGGCCAAGGACAAGGACAAGGUAGCUGCACUUCCCUGCAUCUAAAUAACAGUAUUGUCCAAUUUUCAUGCUCUCAUGGCUUGGAGGACAUGGAGACUUCAGCUUCACUCUCUAGUAGAACUCAUAAUAUUACUCUCCAGUCGGGCCAUGAUGAGUUUCGUGAUCCCAGGUCUUCUAGGAUUUUCCCAUUUGGUUGGGAGUAGUUGAGUCUUUCAAGUAUUAUAAAUCAUGAAUUCUUUUCCAUGAGUAAAAUCAAGCUCUUGUACACUUCUCAAUUCCAUUUGUUUCUUUAUGAGAUCAUUCCAUUUGUGCUUUGAAA